UAGUUUAAAAACAUGUUCUCAAUGCCGUAUGGAAGCUCGAGUCAAGGACAAGCUGACACCUUCAGCGACCAGUCCGCGCUUCAGGAGCUGCUCAACUUUCAGAAAUCUCUCGAUAGGAACUUCGAAUUGCCUGACUUGAGGAAAUUGAGCCUCAACGAGACCAAUAUGAAUAACUCUGGAAGCUCUCUGGACGGAUUUUCGGGAUUCAUGACGGAGGCAGCCAAGUCGAAUCGAGAUACGGAGUCUAUUCAAGUUCGUGUUCCCACCUCCGAACAUGUCGCCGAGAUCGUCGGAAAGCAAGGUUGCAAGAUUAAGUCGCUGAGGUACUCGACCAAAACUUACAUCCAAACCCCUACAAGAGAUCAGGAACCUGUGUUCACUAUUUCCGGAUACCCUGAAGAUGUGGAGAGAGCUAAGAGAAGAAUUGAAGAAGCUGCUGAGCACUUUACAAAGAUCCGCCAGGGAAGAGCUACAUCGUUUACCAGUGGAACUGUCCCCUAG